UGUUUUCUAUUCACCAUGGGACUGCUGGCUCUGCUGCUGAUGGUCGGAGCUGCUGCUGCAGUUCCCCGCGAAGAUGGCAGAAUCAUUGGUGGGCAGGACUGUGAACCUCACUCUCGUCCAUACAUGGCCUCCCUUAACUAUGGAUACCACUUCUGCGGUGGGGUUCUCAUCAACAGUCAGUGGGUUCUCUCUGUUGCCCACUGUUGGUACAAUCCCUAUGCCAUGCAGAUCAUGUUGGGAGAACACGACGUGCGAGUGUUUGAGGGUACAGAGCAGCUCAUGAAGACUGAAAACAUCAUCUGGCACCCUAGUUACGACUACCAGACUCUGGAUUAUGACAUCAUGCUGAUCAAGCUCUUCCACCCAGUAGAGGUGACGGCGGCAGUCGCACCCAUCCCAUUGCCCAAAGCUUGCCCAAUGGGGGGGCUCCCCUGCUCUGUGUCUGGCUGGGGUAACAUGGCCAUGAAUGGCGAGGUCUACUUGCCCACCCGUCUGCAGUGUCUGAACGUACCCAUAGUUCACGACCAGGACUGUGAAAACGCUUAUCCUGGCAUGAUCACACGCAGGAUGGUGUGUGCCGGAUACAUGGAUGGGGGCAGAGAUGUAUGCAAUGGUGACUCCGGCAGCCCUCUGGUUUGUGCUGGAGAGGUCCACGGGCUGGUGUCAUGGGGUCAGGGAUGUGCCAUGCCUAACUACCCCGCAGUCUACGUCAAAGUGUGCGAGUUCCUCUACUGGAUUGAGGACACCCUGGCAGCCAACCCCUGAAGAAAUUACCCAUUUUUCCCUCACUUCACCCCCCUCUAUUCUCUCCUACUCCCAAACAUUUAUUUUU